AUGGCGGACAAGGAAGCCACCGUCUACAUCGUUGAUGUGGGCAAAUCCAUGGGCGAGAAACAUGGCGGCCGCAACGAGACCGACCUGGAAUGGUGCAUGAAGUAUGUCUGGGACAAAAUCACAACUACCAUGGCCACCGGCCGGAAAACUCUCUACCAAAGCGUGGUUGCUCUGCGCUCAGACAAGACUGAGAACCCGCUGGACUCAGAAGAAGGAUACGAGAACAUCUCCGUUCUUCAGCAGUUGAGCACCAUGUACAUGCCCGAGCUAAGGGAACUGCGCGAGAAAAUCCACCCCAGCAAGACCAACGAUGGUGAUGCAAUAUCCGCUCUUGUUGUCGCAAUACAGUUGAUUGCCGACCAUUGCAAGAAGCUUAAGUACAAGCGGAGGAUCAUCCUGAUCACAAACGCCCUUGGUUCAAUCGAUGCCGACGGCCUGGAAGACAUCUCAAAGAAAAUUAAGAGCGAAAAUAUCGAGCUCAUCAUCCUUGGGCCCGAUUUCGAUGAUGCGGACUAUGGCAUGAAGGAAGAGGACAAGGACCCUAUCAAGGCCAACAACGAGAGCGUCCUCCAGCAAUUUGCCGAAGAUUGUGAUGGUGUCUUUGGUACAAUGGCACAAGCUAUUGAAGAGCUUGAGACACCUCGAGUGAAAUCUACCAAGCCUGUACCGUCCUACAAAGGCCUCCUAACACUUGGCGACCCGGAGAAGUACGACACUGCCAUGACGAUCGACGUCGAGCGUUACCCGAGGACUAUGCAGCAGAGGCCGCCAGCAGCCAGCUUAUUCGUUGUCAGGGCCGAUAUGGCACCGGGCGAAUCACAAACGCAGUCUUCCACGACUGUGACCGAGGGCAAUGGUGAGGGAAUUCCUGACCAGAAUGACUAUGCUGCUGUUAAGCAGAACAUAUCAUACCACAUCGUGGAUCCUACCGCACCAAGAGGCAAGCGAGAUGUCGACCGGGAAGACACUGCCAAAGGUUACCCCUACGGCAGUACUGCAGUACCUAUCAGUGAGUCGGAACGGAACGUGACAGACUUUGAGUCUUUUGCUUGUCUGGACAUCAUUGGAUUUGUACCUGCAGACAAGCUUGACCGGUAUAUGCAGAUGUCGAGAUCAAACAUCAUAAUUGCACAGAAAGCGAACGAAAAGGCAAGCAUGGCACUGUCCUCGCUCAUUCACGCUCUCUAUGAGUUUGAGUCGUACGCGGUUGCUCGUUUCGUUCCCAAGGAAAACAAGGAGCCCGUUAUUUUGCUCCUUGCACCAGAGAUCAAGCCGGACUACGAGUGUCUGAUAGACACGGAAUUGCCUUUCGCAGAGGAUAUGCGCGGUUACCGCUUUCCCCCUCUGGAUCGUGUUGUUACCGUCUCUGGGAAGGAGAUUCAUACCCACAAGAACCUACCAAGCGAGAACCUCAUGAAGGCUAUGAGUGAUUACAUUGACAACAUGGACCUCUCGAAUGCUGGACAAAAUGAGGACGGCGACCCUGCAGAGUACGCUCCCAUUGAGGACACAUUUUCGCCUGUGCUCCAUCGCGUCCAACAAGCAAUCCGUUGGCGUGCUGUCUACCCUACGGAUGAAAUACCUCCACCCGCUGAGAUCCUCACCAAGCACAUGCAACCUCCGGAGCACUUGUUGAAGCAAGCUCAGCCAUUCCUCGAUGCCAUAAUAGCUGCAGGUGACGUGAAGCGCGUACCUCCCAGGCAGAAAGGACGCAAGCGCACCCGCGAGUUCGAGAAGCCUCUGUCAGGUCUCAAUGUCGAAGAGCUCCUGGGUCGCGAAAAGCGCGCGAAGCUCUCGGCCGAAAACGCCAUCCCGGAAUUCAAGCAGGCUCUCAACACUACCGACAGCGUCGAGGAUAUCAAGAACAUUGCGAAUCAAUUCUCCGUCAUCAUCCAGGAUUACAUUCGCCACAGCAUGGGCGACAGCGGAUACCAGAGGGCUGUGGAGGCCAUCCGUGUCAUGAAGGAAGAGAUGCUCGAGCUGGAGGAGCCGGGUGUGUACAACGACUUCAUGAGGGAGUUGAAGAAGAAGAUCAUCGCCGAGGAGCUGGGUGGCGAGAGGAAGGAGAUGUGGUACAAGAUCAGGGUGAAUAAGCUGGGCCUGAUUGACAACAGGGCUACGGACUUGUCGGAUGUUACGGAGGAGGAUGCGAAGAAGGCGAGUUGA